AGGACUCGAACACAGAGCCCGAACCAGGACCAGGACCCGAACCAGAAUCCGCAGCAGCAGCAGCAGCAGCAGCUCUGACCGUUCAGAACAGGUCUGGCUGCCUGUCAUUCCUCCAUGCCUGUUUCUCCAGGCUAUGCCCGUCUGGAUCAAAAUGAGCCUAUGAAAUCUUUGCGCAUUUCAGUAGGAGGGCUUCCAAUGCUGGCCUCCAUGACCAACCCCACAGACCCCCGCUUCCAUAUCAAAUGGAGAGCCAUAAUCCUGGUAGUGACUGUAAUAAUGCUUGUCCUACUCAUCUAUAUGCAGCUGGCACCUGUUCACUCACAGCCCAGGGGCAGAUACGUCUGGAGGUUAAACCACCCUGAGACUGCAGAUGAGGAUCUGUAUAAUGACACUUAUCCCCUUAGUCCUCCUGAGCGUACCUCACGUGGCACACGUUAUCGCAUCUGUGUUAUUGCUGAUUUGGACACAAACUCGCGCAGUGAGAAGAAGCUGACCUGGUUUAGCUACAUGCGAAAAGGCCACUUACUGGUGUCAGAAAGUGGAGACAAAGUGGCAGUAGAGUGGGAUCCAGACAGAGUGGUGCUGGAAAGCCACCUGGCUGAGAAAGGACGAGGCAUGGAGCUUUCAGAAUUAGUAGUCUUUAAUGGAAAGUUGUAUAGUGUGGAUGAUCGCACAGGUGUGGUUUACCACAUCAACAGAAAUAAGGCAGUGCCAUGGGUUAUACUGCCAGAUGGAGAUGGCACCAUUUCUAAAGGUUUUAAGGCAGAGUGGCUUGCUGUGAAGGAUGAGCACCUGUUUGUGGGUGGUCUUGGAAAAGAGUGGACCACCACUAGCGGAGAAGUAGUCAAUGACAAUCCUGAGUGGGUAAAAGUGGUGGGUUUCCGUGGAGACGUGCAGCACCAGAACUGGGUUUCAAAGUACAACACUUUGCGCAGUGCAGCUGGAAUCAACCCCCCAGGCUAUCUCAUCCAUGAGUCUGCGGCCUGGAGUGACACUCUUCAGCGCUGGUUCUUCCUUCCUCGUCGUGCUAGUGCAGAGCGCUAUGAUGAGACAGCUGAUGAGCGGCGUGCCACCAAUCUCAUGCUGUGCUGCUCUGCAGCCUUUACAGACAUUGUAGUCAGCCAGGUGGGACCAUUUAAUCCUACACACGGAUUUUCCUCUUUCAAGUUUAUACCAAACACGGAUGACCAGAUCAUAGUUGCCCUAAAGUCUGAAGAGGUUUCAGGGAAGAUAGCAUCCUACAUCAUAGCUUUUACUUUGGAUGGCCGUAUAUUGCUACCUGAAACAAAGAUUGGUGAUGUGAAAUAUGAAGGACUUGAAUUUAUUUAAAACCGGAAGGAUGAUCCAGGAACAUUAACUCAGUAUAGUACUGUUUGUUCUCAUGUUUGUGUGGUAGGAGGACCUUUGUGGACUCUUUCUAGACAACAUGCGUACUGAAGCAUUCAGUGGAAAGUAAUGUUGGGUGUUAUUUAUUUAGAGACAGAAUGUUUUUUUUUAUUGUUCAUUUUUAUACAGUUGCCCUGCUUUCCACCUUUGUGGUCUUUUUGUUCUAGGUUUGUUCUAUACUGGUGAAGUGAAUGUAACUGAGCAAAAUUAACACAAAAUGCAGUAAAAGUCAUGCACAUACACCUACUUCUGAUAUUUGUACUGUACUGACUGAUUGUGCCAAAGGUAUUUUUUACAUGAAAUAAUCUAAACAGUU